AUGUAUUUUGCGUCGUCAAAUUUUUAUUGUACCGUAGGAUUUUACACGAUUGGUGUUUAUGUUGCAUCCAGUCUACUUAAUGUUUUUUUCUAUGCAACCUACCUUUCCGAUCGAUAUACUAUGCCUAUGAAAUCAGUGUACGACUAUGUCAUUGUUGGAAGCGGUACGGCGGGAUCCUGGAUUGCAACCCACAUCCCUUCAGACAAUGUGCUCAUUAUAGAGGCCGGUGCUACUAGAAGUAGUUUGAUGGAUGUUCCCCUGUUUUUGCCUCUGCUGCAAGGAACGCACUAUGAUUGGCAAUACGAAACGGAACCACAACUAAAGUCCUGUUGGGCUAUGAAAGAGAACCGGAGCAGAUGGCCAAUGGGAAAAAUCUUGGGAGGCUCACAUAUGCUCAAUAACAUGAUAUAUUACAAUGCUGAGCGCAAUGAUUUUUCCGGUUGGUUUGAAAACCCCCUUGACUUGGAUCGCUUUAUGAAUUUCUUUACCCUUGAAUCGUCGUAUCCACACAAACAUUUGAAUAAUGGGUUUUAUACCGAGCUGGGACAAGUUUUCAUCGAUGCAGCAACUAGUUUUGGCUUCAGCGAGCAGCAGUUUUACCGACCACUACUGACAAUGAAAAAGGGAAAACGUUGGACGACAAAUCACAUUUAUGAAGCGCUAAAUCGAUCCAGUCACGAACGAAUAAUGCAUAGUUUGGUAGAAAAAAUAAUUAUAGACAAAGGCAUUGCAAAAAGUUUGAUAGUUUCAAAAGCAAACACGAAAUUUGAAGUACAUGCUAGAAAAGGAAUAAUCUUAGCUGCAGGAACCGUUGGCUCCGCAAAACUUUUACUUAAUAGUGGAAUCGGACCGCGGUCGCAUCUAGAUCAGUUACAUAUAGAAACGUUAGUCGAUCUGCCGCAGGUUGGAAAGAAUCUGCAAGAUCAUAUAGGUACUGGUUCAGAAUUGAUUUUGAUUGGAAAAUCGUUACGUCUGCAGCCACUAGAUCUUUUAAAUCCCAAAAAUUUCUUUGACUAUUUUACCGAUAACUUCCACAUGUCUUCCCUUUCGUUUGGAGGCUGUGAAGCUGUCGGUUUUGUAUCACUCGGCAGUAAUUACACUAGCGACCUCCAAUUCAUGGUGUUACCAGCGGGUCUCAGCUCCGAUGGUGGCGUGCAUUUACGAAAGAUAGUUAACAUACGAGACUCCGUGUGGGAGCACUACUAUAAGCCGUUGACAAAAAUAAGUCAAUUUGCAGUUAGUAUUUUGCCUGUUCUUUUACAUCCAGAAAGUGUGGGAGAAAUUACACUCAGAAGCGCGGAUGUGCGUGAUGCGCCUGUUAUCAAUCCACGCUAUUUAACUGCAAAACAUGAUGUGAAUGUCUUGCUGAAAGGCAUUCGUAUACUACAGAAGAUCACUAUGCAGACGAGAGCACGCCACAUAGGGCUGGAAUUCAAUCCUAAACCUUUUCCGGGUUGCACGGCUCAUCCAUUCGAUAGUGAUGAAUACUGGGAGUGCUAUAUUCGAUCCGUUACACAUACUAUCUACCACCCGGUUGGGACUUGCCGAAUGGGCCUCAGUAGUAAAGAUUCGGUUGUUUCAUCAACUGAUCUCCACGUGCACGGAUUGCAAAAUUUAUAUGUGGCCGAUGCAUCCGUGAUGCCAAGUCUGCCAAGUGGAAAUCCCAACUCUGUCGCCAUGGCCGUAGCUGAUUACUUUAUCCGUUCCAACUUCAAAUACAGCAAUUCAGCUGAAUAA